AUGACGGACCGGACGGAUUCGAUUGAAUCCACAACUUCGCAAGUCCAUCGACAGCCCCGACAUUCCCAGACCAGGCCCUCGAUUGUGUCGCGGAUUUCGAUGGCGUCCGCCAAGCUCUCGGUCGUGUCGUUCGAGCCGACCCAAGCGGACGAAACCCCGUGGCCCUCGAUCUACGUCAUGUCGGGGUUGGCCUGCUGUCAGGCCAUCCAAUUCUCCAUGUAUUUCACUCCAAUGUGGCCCUAUUUGAACAUGGUAAAUAUAUCUUUAAUGCAGUCUACAAACAUGGCAAUUGCUGCUACAUAUAUCAGUCUGUCGGGAAAAUAAUGCCCGCUCUGUCGCAUUGAAAAUCGUGUCGCUGAAGUGAGAAAAAAGAUUGAUUUUGUCGCGACACAAUUCAUUUUUUUCGCUGUGACAGAGUGCCCAUUAUUUUCCCGACAGACUGGUGGUAUAUAUCAGUCUAAACUUCAACAAAAAAAGCAAUUUUCAGCUUGACCCCGACGCUUCAAUUGUCUUUUUCGGCCUGAUUAUUGCCGCCUACAGUUUCGGCCAUCUUGUGUCGGCCCCAUUCUUCGACAAAUGGCGUCAAGAGUCGAACGCUUUACGGCCCAUUCUUUUGGCCUGUCUGAUUAUAAUGUUUAUCGGUCAUUUGAUCUAUUUUCUGGCCGCCUCACUCGGAGAAAAUGCAAAAUGGGCGAUUUUGGUGUCGCGCGCGAUCGUCGGGACCGGAGAAUGUGGGUAUAAUAGGCGCAAUUUUGAUAUUAAAAUUGGAGUCAACGCCAAUUUUCAGCGUCGUUAACCAUUUUUCAAAGCUACGCGGCGUCCUCAAGCCUGCCGCAGGAUCGACCCAAAGCCAUCGCCAUUUCCACCACCGGCUUGGCGUUCGGAGGAUUCGUUGGGCCCUGUAAGUCUGCUAUGCCCUUGGAAAUAUACCUGACAUAAAUUGCUGAAUAUUUAGGCUCGCGCCCUACACGGACGGCCGAGAUAUUCGACGGUCCUUGCGGCCGACAGAGUCCGCGAAACGCGGAGGUCGUUCGGAAAGAAGAAAAGACUUUUGGCCCUAUAUUCGCGAGUUUUGUGCGGAAAAAUCGGCUUUUUUGAAAACAUUACACUACGGUCUCAUCAAAAUCUUGGCUUCGCACUUUUGGCACUUCUUUUGUAAGAGAUUGAAUUGAAGAAAAAAUCGCCACUUCAAGUUUUACAUACCAAGAAAUCUCAAAAAAUCCACCAGUCUGUCGGGAAAAUAAUAUGAUUCGUCGCGUCCUGAAAUCGUUCUACAACGGUUUUGCGACGGCUGGCUGGAGGUUUUUUUGCUGCGACGAAUCCACAAUAUUUUCCCGACAGACCGAUAAAUCCACAUUAUUUUCCCGACAGAUCAAUAAAUUCACAUUAUUUUCCCAACAGACUCAUAAAUCCACAUUAUUUUCCCGACAGGCCGAUAAAUCCGCAUUAUUUUCCCGACAGACUCAUAAAUCCACAUUAUUUUCCCGACAGGCCGAUAAAUCCACAUUAUUUUCCGGACAAACUCUAGCCAGUUGAAAUCGCUUUUUUUCAGGCCUUCAACUCGUCUUCUGGCUUCUCGGUGAAGACGGACUCCAACUGACCGAAAACUUACGUCUCAACAUGUAUACAGCCGGCCCCAUCGUAUGCUGCGCGUUGAAUGUCAUCGGGAUCUUCUUGGUUCUCUUCGUAUUCGAGGAAUGUUACGUCGACCGAAUGCAUGCGGAUAUGCUGAAGGAAAACGAGCUGGUAGUCAUGCCAUACGACCGGUGGGCUUGCGUCGUAUGCCUCUUGACGCGAUUUGCGCAGUUAUUCGCGUUCACGAAUAUGGAAACGUAGGUUUGGGAGAGGAGUUUUGGCCUGGGAAGCGUUACAAGUGCGACGCUCAGAUUUGUUUAAAUUUUUUGCACAGAUGUUGGGCAUGGGUGACAUAUCAAUUCCUGAAAGUUUAGCUCGCACUUUGCAGAGAAAGCUGAGAUAUUCAACGAUUUUUAAGGCCGAGAAAGUAUGCGAAAUGAGUAGAGCGGUCGGAAAAAAGAUGCUUUUGGCCAUUGCUUAGCUAGUUUAGCGUAAAAAAAUUUAUUUUUUUGUGGAAACACUACCCUCAACGGUAGAAAUAGAUACUAAACUUUUGAAACCUAACUUUUACAAAAAACUCCACAUUUUUUUAAUCUUUUUUUUGCAUAAAAAUAUAAAAAUCUCGUCCGUUUCGGAAAAAUCCGAGCGUCGCACUUGGAACACUGCUGCUAAGUCGUAUCAUUAGCAUUUUCAAAAAGUGCACGGGCAUUUAGCCGCGGCCGGCACCAUCCACAAAAGACCCCAUUCUGCACGGUGCAUUCUACUUUUUUUGCAAGCGGAUUUUUUGUGGCUUGCACUGUGCAAAAUGAUAAAAGAGAAAAAUGCACUGUGCUUUAGCGACAAGUGUACAAAAAGGUUCAAAAUGCACUGCGAAAGAGAAAAAAUGUCCAUGCACUUUACAGCAUACUGCUAAUUGUAUGCUCUUCAGAAUUGGCGCCAUUUUCAUCAUGACAAUGUUCGCUAUGAGCCGAGUUCACACGGUACUCGCCAUGGUCGUCGCACAAUUUCUGAUCGGCCUUUUCACCGUCGCCAUUCACAACUUGUACACCUUUUUCGACGUGGAAAAGUGGGCCAAUCUGCGGCAAAUUUGCAUCUCCGCCGUGUCCGGCUUCUUCGUCUUCUACCUGGUCACCUACACUUGGCCCUUCCUCCCGGGCCACAUCCAAUUUUACGCCGAAAAUGCCACCAACUUGUCGCAACAAAACGUUGGCUGCGACGCCGACUUGUACGGCUGGUGCGAGAUUGUGUCGCCAAUCAACUUCUGGCUGUACAUGGUCGCGUUCACGGCGGUGUUUGGGUUGUGCAUGCCGAACAUGAACUUGGCGCUGGGCACGCUGUUCCUGCGGAUUUUGGGGAACACGCGACAGGCGCAGCCGCAGAGCUGGUUCCUGUUGAGUGGGUCGGCUGGACGGAUCAUGGGACCGAUCUUGUUGAGGUAGGUUGGAAAAGCGAGAAAAAUUACAUACUAUCAGUCUGUCGGGGAAAUAAUGUGGGUUUAUUAGUCUGUCUGGAAAAUAAUUUGGUUAUAUCCGUCUGUCGCGAAAAUAAUGUGGAUUUAUCAUUCUGUCGGGAAAAUGAUGUGGAGUUUUUUUGUCUGUCGGGAAAAUAAUGUGGAUUUAUAGGUCUGUCUGGAAAAUGGUGUGGAGUUUUUAGUCCGUCUGGAAAUAAUGCGGAUUAAAAAUUCUGUCUGGAAAAUAACGUGGAUUUUUCCGCAGCAAAAUGUUUUGCCUCGCCGCAGUUGCUCACCAAGUGUCUAAUCGCGGAGAGAUCCAUACCGCAACCAUUUUGCAUUAUUUUCCAGGCAGAGUGAUAAAUCCACAUUAUUUUCCAGACAGACUGAAAAAAUCCACAUUAUUUUCCCGACAGACCCAUAAGUCCACAUUAUUUUCCCAACAAACUGAAAAAUCCAGUUUAUUUUCCCGACAGACCAAUAAAUCCACAUUAUUUUCCCGACAGACCAAUAAAUCCACAUUAUUUUCCCGACAGACCAAUAAAUCCACAUUAUUUUCCCGACAGACCGAUAAAUCCACAUUAUUUUCCCGAUAGACCAAUAAUGUCAUGUCUUUGCACAGUGCAAAAGGUCGAAUUUACAGUGCGAAAAUUUGCGACGAAAAGUCUACGCACUUUAUGAAAACGGUAAAAGUAAAAUUUCAGCCGCCUCUUCACCAUGUUCGGCCCGCAGUUGGCGUGGCUGUUGGAGAUGAUUGUGCUGGUCAUCGUGCUCAUCUUCUGGUUCGUCUUUUACACACGAAUGAUUCCGGCCAAGAUCUUCCGCCGACCCACCUUCAAAAUGACCAGCUUCAAGUUUGUGGCGGAGUAA